AUGCCCCGACACGAUUUGCCACGGGCCCACGACACCCCUCAGACCAUCAACUACAUGAAGAAGUCCUUUGUCGCAGUCCGCCUCACAUCAUCUGCAUCAAUUCGGAUUACUACCGAAGAGGAAAGGUCACUACAUGUUGCUGUCGGAGCACUCCUCCAGACGCACACCAGGGUAACGCCGCGAUCCGACCACAAAUACAAGAUGGAAGUCGAAUACACUCGCCUCGCAGAGACAAUACGCCAGAAAGCCAAUGCUCACAGCAAGAAGCGCUUCCUAGUCGCCAUCGCCGGCAUCCCGGGAUCCGGCAAGACAACCACCGCAGCCGCGGUCGCGAGGCUCCUAAACACAUCGUCGCCAAAACGCACCACUCUGCUCUCCAUGGACGGUUUCCAUCUGUCGCGGGCGACGCUGGACCGUUUACCCAAUCGAGAAGAAGCGUAUAUCCGCCGCGGCGCACCUUGGACCUUUGACGCCGCCCGCUUCGUCCAGUUCAUCCGUCGGCUACGGAAUUGGGCUGAUUCAACGCCCUGUGCCUCUGCGGAGACGAUCUACGCACCCUCUUUUGAUCACGAGGCUAAAGACCCGGUCGAAAAUGGCAUCGCCAUCACCGAUGACGCGGAGAUCGUGAUCAUCGAGGGGAAUUAUUUGCUGCUCGACGAGCCGGAAUGGCGGGAAGUGGCUGCGCUGGUCGACUACCGGGUGUUUGUUGAGAGUGACCUGCAGGUAGCGCGAGAACGGGUCGCGCGGCGGCAUGUCCUGGCGGGGAUUGAGAAGACAUUGGCAGAUGCGUUUCGGAGAGUGGACAGCAACGAUUAUUUGAAUGCGGUUACCAUUCGGGAGAAGCUGAUUGCUCCUGAUCUGGUUGUUCACAGUGUGACUGAGCCAACUUGUUGA